AUGGACAGAAGUCCAGCAUCAGGUAGAAAUCCGGCGACGGGUGAAAGUUUGGCGCCGGGUAGAAGUCCGGUGACAAGCAGAAGUCCGGAGAACGGUGGAAGUCCGACGUCAGGUAGAAAUUCGGAGACGGGUAAAAAUCCGGCUUCGAUCGGUGGCGGGGAGGUGGUCGAGAACGAGUCUGGUGGCAAGCGAACUCUUCAUUCUCUUCCUUCUCUUCUUGUUUUGGGCCUCCUUUCUCAAUGCGAUUCGGUGGCGGUUUACCGUCGGUUUAGGGACCGCCGCCCUUACUGGCGGCUUAUAUUUGCAAAAUCACCGGUGCAGCCGUCGUUAAAAUCCGACGGCCAAACCGCCGGUGGUGCCGCCGGUACUACCGGCGGUCCUAAAACCGCCGGUUUAGGGCAUUUUUCCUGUAGUGAAGGUGAUGAUGAGUUUGAUGAACAACUGGGUUAUGAGAUCUCAUUAUCUACUAUUCUAAGAUUCUUUUUUGGAGAGGUUUUUUCAGGCUCUAUUUAUCUGUGCUUGGAAUCGGAUACACCUGCAAUCUACUCUCGGAAGUACAUGCUGAACGAGAGAAUUUUUCAAUUCCGUAUUUUGGGUGUUGCUGACAAGACUGCAGAUCUCCUGCUACAUUCAUCAGAGGAAUUCGUUGAGGGGAAGAUGAGGGAGAAGAGCUUGAAGAGUCUUGGUGUGAGGGAGAAGAAGAUGUUAGUGGAGAGGCUUCUUCCAAGAGAUGUAGAUGAGGACAAUAACACUUUUCUUCUCAAAAUCAAAGACCGUUUUGAACGAGUUGGAAUGGAGUGGCCAACGAUUGAGGUGCGGUUUCAGGACAUUGUAGUUGAAGCACAAGUUUAUGUGGGCAACAGAAGCAUUCCUUCUUUCUUCAAUUCCUUUCUCAACUCUGCAGAGAGGUUUGCCAAUUUUUUGCACUUAAUGCCAAGCAAAAAAAAACCGUUCACCAUCCUUCAAGAUGCUAGUGGAGUUAUCAAGCCUCACAGGAUGACGCUGCUACUAGGUCCACCAGGUUCUGGGAAGACCACUCUAUUAAAAACUCUUUCUGGAAAGCUACAAUCUGAUCUAAAGGUUUCUGGGGAAGUCACUUAUAACGGCUAUCAAAUGAAUGAGUUUGUUCCUCAAAGAACUGCGGCUUAUAUAAAUCAAUAUGAUGUUCACAUUGGAGAAAUGACAGUGAGGGAAACUUUGGAGUUCUCUGCAAGGUGUCAAGGAGUUGGUUCCCGUUUUAAUAUGCUAUCUGAACUGUUGAAAAGAGAAAGUGAAGCAAAUAUCCAACCAGACCAGGAUUUAGAUGCUUUCAUGAAGGCAGUAUCAGGUGAAGGGAGGGAAACUGGAGUGAUCACAGAGUACAUAAUGAAGAUUCUAGGACUAGAUGGAUGUGCUGAUACCUUGAUUGGAAAUGAUAUGCAAAGAGGUAUCUCAGGGGGAGAAAAGAAACGUGUCACUACAGGUGAGAUGAUUGUUGGCCCAAUGAGAGCCUUAUUCAUGGAUGAGAUAUCAACCGGGUUGGACACCUCCACAACUUUCCAGAUAGUGAACUCAUUGAGGCAAUCUGUUCAGAUUCUUGGUUUAACUACAGUUGUGUCCUUACUCCAACCAGCACCAGAGACGUACGAGCUCUUUGAUGAUAUCAUACUCUUAUCAGAUGGUUAUAUAGUAUACCAAGGUCCCCUCGAGCAUGUCCUUGAGUUCUUUGAAUCCAUGGGAUUCAAAUGCCCUGAAAGAAAAAGUGUGCCCGACUUCUUGCAGGAGGUGACAUCAAGAAAAGAUCAACAACAAUAUUGGGGAAGAAAUGAAGAAUCAUACAACUAUGUUCCUGUUAGGAAAUUUGUAGAAGCGUUUCAAUCAUUCUAUGUUGGCAAAAGACUAGAAAGAGAUCUAUCUGUUCCAUAUGACAGAAGUAAGUGCCACCCUGAUGCUUUGACUACCUCAAGAUAUGGUGUUGGCAUAAUAGACCUACUCAAAGCCUGUUCUGCAAGAGAAUUACUAUUGAUCAAGAGGAACUCGUUUGUCUAUGCAUUCAGGGCAUUUCAGGUGAUGUUCGUGGCAUUAGUUAUGAUAACACUAUAUGGAAGGAAAAACAUGCACCAUAACACAGUGAACGAUGGAAUUAUUUUUAUGGGAUCCCUUUACUUGUCUAUUGCUGUUAUUAUUACAAAUGGACUUUCUGAGCUAGCUAUGACUGUCAUUAAGCUUCCUGUCUUCUUCAGGCAAAAGGAUCAUCACUUUUAUUCUUCUUGGGCUUAUGCAAUACCAACAUGGAUAUUGAAAAUACCAUUUUCAUUUCUUGAAGUAGCCAUUUGGGUGAUCAUUACUUACCAUGCUGUGGGAUUUGAUCCAAGUGCAACAAGGUUCAUAAAGCAAUACCUUCUACUUCUUCUAGUUCAUCAAAUGGCUGCAGGAAUGUUUCGCUUAGUUGCUGUGAUAGGUCGAAUCAUGGUUAUUGCUUAUGUGAUUGGAUCCUUUGUAUUUAUUGCUAACAGCGUUUUGAGCGGAUUCAUUAUUUCACAUGACGCUGUAAAGAAAUGGUGGAUAUGGGGCUAUUGGGUUUCACCUUUUAUGUAUUCACAAAAUGCUAUUUCAAUAAAUGAAUUCCAUGGGAGGAAAUGGAGUCAGAUCAUACCUGGGUCAAAUCAAACACUUGGGUUCAGUAUCUUAAAGUCUCGAGGAGUAUUUCAGGAUGAAAAUUGGUUCUGGAUUGGUGCAUCAGCUUUACUUGGAUAUGUGCUUUUAUUCAAUUUUAUUUACACCAUAUCACUUUCCUAUUUCAAACCACUUGGAAAUGUUCAGUCCACUAUAUCUGAGAAAACACUAGAGGAAAGGGAAAUAAACAGGAUGGGAAAACUUAUAGGUCUUUCAAGUGGAAUGGGAGGAUCUAAUCGCCAAUUUGCAUUCAGUAAGUAUAUUAAAUCAGAUUCAUCUGUAAGGAUUGGAAUGGUGCUUCCAUUUAUACCACUUUAUAUAACCUUUGACAAUAUAAGAUACUCAGUAGACAUGCCAAAGGAAAAGAAGACACGAGACAAAUUGGUUAUUCUAAAUGGUGUGAGUGGAUAUUUUAGACCAGGAGUGCUUACAGCACUAAUGGGUGUUAGUGGUGCAGGAAAAACUACUCUGAUGGAUGUACUUGCAGGGAGAAAAACUGGAGGAUAUAUUGAGGGAAACAUUACCAUAUCUGGCUAUCCAAAGAAGAAAGAAACAUUUGCUCGAAUGUUAGGAUAUUGUGAACAAAAUGAUAUCCACUCUCCAAAUGUGACAGUCUAUGAAUCUCUUAUUUUUUCGGCGUGGCUAAGAUUACCAGUUGAAGUUGAUUCUUUAACAAAAAAGAUGUUCAUCGAAGAGAUAAUGGAGCUUGUAGAGUUAACAUCUAUAAGAGAAACAGUGGUUGGCCUUCCAGGUGUGAAUGGGUUAUCAACUGAGCAGCGUAAACGGCUAACUAUUGCCGUUGAGUUGGUUUCUAACCCUUCCAUAAUAUUUAUGGAUGAGCCUACCUCUGGACUUGAUGCUAGAUCAGCAUCUAUUGUUAUGAGAACUGUAAGAAAUAUAGUGGAAACCAAGAGGACAAUAGUGUGCACAAUCCAUCAACCUAGCAUUGACAUUUUUGAAUCAUUUGACGAGCUCCUUUUGUUGAAAUUGGGAGGAAAACAAAUAUAUUUUGGGCCUUUGGGUCACCAUUCCUUUAACCUCAUUAGUUAUUUUGAGGGGAUUGAAGGAAUCCGAAAAAUAAGAGAUGGCUAUAAUCCUGCAACAUGGAUGUUAGAAGUAACCACAACAGCUCAGGAACAUAUAUUAGAAGCUGAUUUUAGUGAGAUAUACAAGAACUCAGAAUUGCAUGAGAAGAAUAAAGCAAUUAUUGCAGAAUUAAGCAUACCACCUCCUGGAUCUGAUGAUCUUCAUUUUUCAACACAAUACCCACAAAUGUUUCAUACCCAAUGCAUUGCUUGUCUCUGGAAGCAACACUUGUCAUAUUGGAGGAAUCCUCCCUAUACCGCUCUGAGGUUUCUCUUCACAAUUUUGAUAGCCUUGUUAUUCGGGACAAUAUUCUGGGAUCUUGGCAGUAAAAGGUCAAAGCAACAAGAUUUGAUCAAUGCAAUGGGCUCCAUGUACUGUGCUGCUUUAUUUUUAGGAGUCUUCCAUUCUAAUGGGGUUCAACCAACUGUGGUUGUUGAGCGAAAGGUCUUCUAUAGAGAGAGAGCAAGUGGAAUGUAUUCAGCAAUGCCAUAUGCAUUUGGACAAGUUGUAGUUGAGCAACCUUACCUCUUGACUCAAUCACUAUUAUAUACAGUCAUAGUUUUUUUAAUGAUCGGAUUUGAAUGGACAGCAGCAAAAGUUUUUUGGUACAUGUUCUUCACUUAUUCGACUUUGUCUUACUAUACAUACUAUGGCAUGAUGACCGUCGGUUUAACCCCCAACCAAAGCAUAGCAGCAAUAGUAGCUGCAGCAUUUUAUAGCAUUUGGAAUAUUUUUUCUGGGUUUCUCAUCCCAAGGACGAGAAUGCCUAUGUGGUGUAAAUGGUACUACUGGGCAUGUCCGUUAGCAUGGACACUCUACGGAUUGAUUUCUUCUCAAUAUGGUGAUGAUAACAAUUUGCUUGACACAAACGAAACUGUGGCUGAAUUUGUUAAGAGCUACUUUGGAUACAGGCAUGAUUACCUAGGGGUUGUUGCAGUUGUUGUCAUAUUAUUUGCAAGUUUCUUUGCUAUUAUGUUCGGAGUUGCAAUCAAAUUUCUGAACUAUCAAACAAAAUAAGUUUCUUACAUUACAUGUAAAAUGAAUCUACAUGCAAUUUAAGUAUUGAAUCCUUAUUUAUAUAGGAACCACUAUUAAAUCUCCUCUAUUAUGACAUGUUCUUUUUCUAUGUAGUUUGAUUAAUUUAGAAGAAAAAAACGUUUCACCAAGUAAUCUAUUUGUUUAUGCUUAAAAAUGCAUUAGUUACUACAAUGCAUCAAAUUGAGUUUCAUUUUACCUACUUUGCAAGCUUGGAAUAUAAUGAAGCCCAUACAUUAUUCCUCUCUCAUCAGGGCUUAGUGUGCAGAAGACAUUUGCAUUUUAAGUCUUAUAGGAGUUGUAUUAGCAAUCAUGAGUUGCCUUUUAAAGGAGAACUUAGAGACCAUAGGUAGAAGAUAGUGC